AUGAAGGAUCUUCUUUCACAAAAUCGUUCAUUCACAGACUUCAAAAUGAAUGCUUUCUACAGCCUGGGAGAAUGGAGGCCUUUGUUAUUCAUCCCUUUCUUUCUGAUGUUUGUAUUGUCUAUCACAGCAAAUUCUACUCUCAUAUAUUUAAUCAAGUCACAACAAUCUCUGCACUCCCCUAUGUAUGUACUAAUAGGUUUUAUGGCGCUUUCAGACUUGACAUUGCCUAUGGUUUUUGUACCUCACAUGCUUCUUAGCUUUUUAUUUAACUGGAGUGGAAUAACCCUAACUGGUUGUUUGAUAGAAAUGUUUUGCAUUCAUUUCAUUGGAGCAUUUCAAUCUACUUUGCUUUUUUGGAUGGCACUGGACCGUUAUUUUGCAAUAUGCAAACCUCUUUAUUAUCAUAAAUACAUGGAAAUCCAUAAUUUUGUCAAGUUUAUUAUUCCAUCUGUAAUAAGAAAUACACUACUGGUGGUAAUUGUGGUCUCUCUGGCUGGAAGACUGUCUUUCUGUACAAAUAUCAUUGAUCAUUGUGCAUGUGAACACAUGGCAUUGGUUCAGUUGGCAUGUGGUGACAUAUCCAUUAAUAACUUUAUGGGACUUUUUUCUACUUUUCUUAUACCAACUACAGAUUUUAUACUGAUUACUGCUUCCUAUGUUGUAAUUUUUGUCUCAGUGUUCAAAUCUGGCCAGGCCAAUAUGAAGGCCCUCAAUACUUGCAUUACUCAUAUCAUUGUUAUAACACUUAGUCUGACUUCUGCGUUGAUUGCAUUUAUGUCAUACAGGAUAAGAAAUAAUGUGUCUUCCAGCAACCGUAUAUUUAUGAGCAUUGUAUAUUUAUUUUUUCCAAGUUGUUUUAACCCAAUAAUCUAUGGAUGGAGAACAAAAGAAAUAAGACGAACAUUUAUAAAAUUCAUAAAGGAUGUAAAGAUUCUGCCUGGCUAA